AUGGUGACGGCGGCGAGCGGGCGGCGCGGCUGCACCCCGCAACGGCGGGAACCCCGCGGCUCCCCCUGCCGCUGCCCGCGGCUCCCGGCGCGGCGGCGGCGUCUGGGGACGGGGACAGCGGCGGCGGCGGUGGCGGAGAGCCCGCAGGAGCUGCAGGCUUUCCGCGACUACGGGGAGAGCUGGUACCGCUCCCGCAAGGGGCUGGAGAGCCGCUUCCAGCCGCGGGAGCCGCUUGCCCGGCAGCCGCAGGUGACGGCGGAGGCGCGCUGCAAGCUGGUGAGCUGGCUCAUCCCUGUGCACCGGCACUUCGGGCUCUCCUUCGAGGCGCUCUGCCUAACCGUCAACACCCUCGACCGCUUCCUCGCCACCACUCCCGUGGCAGCAGACUGCUUCCAGCUCCUGGGGGUGACGGCACUGCUCAUCGCCUCCAAGCAGGUGGAGGUGCACCCCCCAAGCUUAAAGGAGCUUCUCGCCCUGUGCUGCGGCGCCUUCACCGUCCAGCAGCUCCGCAACCUGGAGUGCAUCGUCCUGCUCCGCCUGGGCUUCGACCUGUCGGCGCCGACCAUUAGCUUCUUCCUGGAGCACUUCAGCCAGGUGCGGCUGCAGGCGCAGGGCGCCGACGCGGCGGAGGCAGCGGACGCCCGGAUCCUGGCGGGCGGCAUCUCUGAGCUCAGCCUGGCGGACUACGCCUUCAUCGGGUACGCCCCAUCGCUGCUGGCCGCCGGCAGCCUGGGGCUGGCGGACCGGCUGCUGGGCCACCGCCGGCCCCUGGACCUGCGGGUCAGCGGCUACUCGGAGGAGCUGCUGCGGGACUGCAUGGGGCAGCUUCAGCUCCUGGUGUCGCUGAACGGGCAGUCCCUGCCGCUCCUCCUGCCCCCGGAGGUGGUCCAGAAGUGCCCCUGGCUGCGGGGCGGCCGCUGACUCUCCGCACCGCCCGUCACUGGCACCUCCGGCGCCUGCACUGCCCGCCUCGGUUUUGGCUGAGCGGGCUCCGUGCUGCCUCGCCGUUAGUGCUUUGUAGAGGUGGUGUAGUCUGAUAAACUGAUCGUUAGCGUUUGAGAGGCGGAUCACGUUUUGCACAUGAUGUUACUAUCCGUCAGUUGCACUUUCCCUUUGCUGUUUCUUAAACCCCAGUGUGUAAGUAACAUGGAUAACAUUGUGUUGUCUAUUUGGAGGAUGGUCCAUAAAGAUAACUGCGGAAGGACCGAAUAUACGCUGAAUAAACUAUUUUCUACUCGU